GGAAAACCGAAACAACCAACAGCUUCUCGGGGUGGCUAAGAAAAAAAUUAAAAAAAAAAACAGAGGAAGGAGAGGGAAAGCAACUCUGGGGAAGAGAGAGAAAAAUAAAAGAAAGCAAACACAAGAAAAAUUCAGAGAGAGAGAGAGAGAGAGCGGCACCCCUGAGAGAGGCAUGGUCGAAGAGAUGCUCUGAGAUAAUCCUGAAAAGGGGCAGUAAUAGAAAAAUAUUUCAUUCUCUUCAAAACCUUCGCAUUUUUUUUUUAAUUUUCUUUUAAUUAGUUUUUUCAUUGCUGCCUUUUUGAGUCUCUAUGUGUCUAUCUUCCUCCCACAUAUCACCACCCCAUUAGAUUUCUUUCUUAUCUUGAACAAAUUUUCUUCUUGUGGAAAGAGGAUAAAAAAUUAUCAAAUUACAGCAGAAUUGCAAUCUUGCCCUCAAGAACAGCAGCACUACACCACCCUUUCUGCCACUUCUUUAUGCUCCAAUUCAUUUUGUGGAGAUUACAGGAAGAUAAUAACCUGCUGAACCAGGUUAUGUGCAUUUUGGAGGAAAGGGUGUAGAGAAAAUUUAUUAAAGCAAAGAUGAUGGACCCUGAUAUUAUUAUAUCCAACAAAUGUGAAUUCUUUGCAUUUCCUUGUAAUAUGGUCUUGUAUAGUUAUUUGUAAAUCAAAACAAAUACUCAGGUAUUAAAGUAGCUGUUAUUUUUGUUAUCAUUGCCAAUUAGGGGUGGUUUUGAAUAGGAAACCUGGCGAUUUUGUAUGAUUGUUGCUACCUCCACUGCCAUAAUUUGUUCACCAAGAGAUGAGGGGUAGAUGGAACCCAUAUGGAUUCCGGUUCUUGUGCUUCUUGGUUUUGAUUCUUGGUCUUGAAAUUCAAGGCUAUUGGUCACUUAACGGUGAGGGACUAAUUUUGUUGGAAUUUCGUGCAAGAGUGAGUUCUGAUCCAUUUGGUGCUUUUGCUAACUGGAACUGCAAUGACAAUAAUCCUUGUUUGUGGUCUGGUGUUCAUUGUGUGGCUGGCAAAGUACAAAUAUUAGAUCUGACUGGGCUUUCUUUGGAAGGGACAUUGGCACCUGAUCUUGGCAAACUUACUCACUUAAGAUCUCUUGUGCUUUGCAAAAACCAUUUCUUUGGUACAAUUCCUAAAGAGAUUGGAGGACUCGCAAAGCUGGAGCUACUGGACUUGAGGGAUAAUAACUUUAGUGGAGGAAUUCCAGUGGCAAUAGGAACUCUAUUGUCAAUAAAAUGCUUGUUGCUUUGUGGCAAUAAAUUUGAAGUCAGCAGUUCUCUGGAGAUUGGGAGGCUUAAGUUAUUUUCUGAAUCACAAUUUGAUGUAAAUGUUUCAUGUGAUGCAGCCACGCACACUGCCUGUAUAAAUAGAAAGUAUGGAAAUGGGUUCAAGCUUGGAAAGGACUCUCCGCAUGAAUGUGAUGGCAGUUACUGUGAGAAGCCAGACAGUUCAUCUGAGCCGCACAUGGCCCAAAAUGUCGAGAUCCUUGUCAAUUUUGCACGUCGUAAACUAUUUGAAUGGUCCAGUAACCUCCCAGCUGCACCUGCUAGUAGUGGGUCCUCCGCUCAACAGAUUAUUGCAUUACCAACUAGCCGAAGUAGUGGGAGUUUCCCAGCUAUACCAAAUGCAAAUAAGAAUCACUCUCCUCCACCUCCAUCACCAACUUCACCUUCUAAGUCUCCACCAAAAGGGUUCCAAAGUGAUUCUGAUUUCAGUUCAAGUAAUCAAUCUCCAAACAGUGAAACUUCUGGAAAUACAUGGAUUUAUUUCUUGUCCAUCCCAACUGUGCUUACCUUGGUCAUUAUUGCUCUGGGCCUGCUGUUUAUGUGCCGUAAACAAGGAGUCACGACCAUUGGUCCCUGGAAGACUGGACUGAGUGGACAGCUGCAGAAGGCAUUUGUUACAGGGGUUCCCAAGCUAAAUCGAGUAGAGCUGGAAACUGCCUGUGAAGAUUUCAGCAAUAUAAUUGACACUCUUGCAGGCUGCAUUGUUUACAAAGGAACAUUGUCUAGUGGAGUUGAGAUUGUGGUUGCAUCAAGUUUAGUUGCUUCUUCCAAAGAUUGGUCAAAGAAUGCAGAAAUGUCCUACCGGAAGAAGAUUGAUAUGUUAUCUCGGGUUAACCAUCAGAACUUUGUCAAUCUCAUUGGCUAUUGUGAGGAGGAUGAACCUUUUAAUAGGAUGAUGGUAUUUGAAUAUGCUCCUAAUGGAACCCUUUUUGAGCAUCUGCAUGUUAAAGAAAUGGAACAUCUUGACUGGAUUGCAAGGAUGAGGAUUAUCAUGGGCAUUGCUUAUUGCUUACAAUACAUGCAACAUGAUUUAAAUCCACCAGUGGCACAUUCUAACUUGAAUUCACAUAAUAUCUUUCUAACUGAUGACUAUGCAGCUAAGAUUGCUGAGAUCUCUUUCUUGCCACAAGAUUCCUCCAAGUCGAAGAGCUCAGAUGACAAUGAGUCAGCGCAUUCUACAUUGCCACAUUUGGCUGAUGUAGAAACAAAUGUCUAUUGUUUUGGGAUUCUGUUGCUAGAAAUCAUUUCUGGAAAGCUCCAAUACUGUGAAGAACAAGGGUCCCUCGAAAAAUUGACUGCUGAAUAUUUGAAUGACAAACGUAGUAUCAGUUACAUGAUUGACCCAACCCUCAAGUCUUUCAAAAAGAAUGAGCUUAACCUCAUAUGCGAGAUUAUCCAAGAGUGCAUACAACCAGAUUCAAGGCAAAGACCAACAAUGAAGGAUAUCACUUCCAAGUUGAGGGAAGUGAUUGCUAUCUCACCUGAUCAAGCAACUCCAAGACUUUCUCCGCUUUGGUGGGCUGAACUUGAAAUAUUAUCUGUCGAUGCGACUUAAGUUUUGUCUCACUCUCUUUUUAUUUGUAUUGUAUGUCAAGUCUCUCUCAGAAUUAAUGCCAAAAAUCUAAAAUUUAGCUU